CUAAUAUAUUUUAUUUUCAUCAAACGGAAAAAAAAAAUACAUUACAUGAUGUACGUCACAAGGUCUCUUUCUCUGUACAAAAAUAACCCGUCGGAGCUGUCGGCGCCGCCUCCCGCCGGUCCAAAUUCGGGGAUAUUGAUCGUCCAAGAUAUCAAAGCCGAACGAAGAUGCUGUUUCUCAGUUUUUCGGGAGCACUUGACCAUGGAUUUGCCUUUCCCACAGAACAAAAAAUUGAAUCUCGAGUAUUCCUAUGGUUUCGAUCCUUCAGAAUAUCACGACAACAACGAUUACUUCUACGCCGUUUUCAUUCCUGUUCUUGAUCUACCCCUGUCUUCCCAUCGCUACUAUAUUAUCCAAACUCGCGGUGAACAUGCCGGGAAAGCAUAUACAAGUUCAAGUGAAGAAGAAAAAGCCACAUUCUGCUGCUGUAAAGUGGUUCGAGAUGUUCCCCCAAGACAAUUCAAUCCAAACAACACAUACCAACAAUUCCAAAUUAUCCCCACAAGAUCCCUUUCCGGCCACGAAGGUUUUGAAGCAAUUUCAAUGGCGGCUGAUGGGAUUCCUCCCUUUUUAUUCAGAAGACCAGGUUGGACUGCCCACACCUCAAAAAUCGACGGUUUCGACUCCAUGGAAGCACACGGCGUAGACUCUGUUCUCCGAUCCCAACUCCCAGACUUCAAUUUUCCUUUACCCUGCAAGAUUUCCAGUCCCGUCGUCGUCGGAAAAUGGUACUGCCCUUACAUUUUCAUCCGUGACGGCGACGUGGAUGUUCAGAUGGACAGAUCUAUGUAUUACGAAAUGACCCUCGAGCAGAGUUGGGAGGAGAUUUUUGAGUGUGAAAAUUUUGAGGAUGGAAACAGAGUAGUGGAGUUUGGUGUUUCUGUGGAGAAGGAAGUGGUGGUGGUUUUAGGGAAGACGGUGGCUGGAGGUGAGAGAGAUGUCGGCAAUGGUUUUGUGUGGUUUAGUCCGGCGAAGAUUGGGUUGAGCUUGGCGAUUGUGGAGAGGAUUAAAUGGCAGGAGGAAGAAGGGGGAUUUGAAUGGGUUGAAGAAGGGAAAGAAAAGGAAGUGAAAGUGAAAAGAAGAGAAGAGUUUGAAGGCGUGGGAAUUGUGUGGAAGAGAUUUGGGUGUUAUGUGUUGGUUGAAAGGUUUGUGCUUAAGAGAUUGGAUGGAACUUUGGUCCUUUCUUGGGAAUUUAGGCACACUCAUCAAAUUAGAACCAAAUGGUGGGAGUGACAAAAAAAUAAUAAAACACUUGCGAUGCCUCAAACCACACCCAUUUUUAUGCAACUUAUCCACUAAUCACGAGUUAACACGUGGUAAUUUUUUUCCUUUUUAAAUAUGGUUUUGCUUUUGUGAGUAAAGGAAAUGUAGAUAUAUUUGUUUGGUCUCAAGUCAAUUGGUUAAGACAUAUAUUUUUUACAGGUUCGCAUCUUUGUCGUAAAUGUUGAUGGCUAGCUAGAGGAGAACCCAUGACAUAUCCUUGAAUACUAAGGGGUUGUUUGAGGCGUUAAGAUGGUAUAAGAUGUCUAGAAUUCUGAUGUCUGAGAAAUUCUGAUGUUUGGGGAGUUUUAUGUUUGUGUUUGGGGUGUAGAGUUGUGUUGUUUGAGUUCAUAUGUUUGUAUUUUGAUAUGAGAGUUGUUAUGUAGUAGUUCAUAUGUCUGUAUUUGAGUGUGCAAAGUUCAUAUGUCAGUACUAUAAAAUAAUUUGCCUAUAUGAAGACUAUUUUUUUUAA